AUGACUCCAAAGUAUUUAUGGCCGGUGGCCCUUGUGGCUCUAUACAUUCUACCCGUCCAGUCUCUGAACUGUGCUUAUCUGGAUCAGACCAUCUUGGAAAAUUCGAAACUUCUGUAUAGCUUCAUAAAGGGCUUUCCCUUUAGAUGUCUAAAAGAUAUCACAAAUUUUAAGUUUCCGAAAGAGACUCUUCUGCCAUACAUCCAGCAUAAGAAAACGGACAUAAAUGUGGUCUUCCAUCAGGUAUCUGCUCUGUCACUAAAUAUUUUCACUCCUAAAAGCUACGUCUCCCCAGUGCCAGAGAAAAACUUGGAAAUUAUCAAAUCGGGACUUUUUAAACAAGUACGGCAAGCUCAACAGUGCUUCAUGGAAGAGAAAAAAGAGAACAGAGAGGAGUCCAGUGCAUCGAAACAUCCUCACUCAGAAGACUUCCUGAAAGUCUACCUGGAAUUAAGAAAGUAUUUCUUGAGAAUCAGAAAGUUCCUGACAAAUAAGAAACACAGUUUCUGCGCCUUGAAGAUUGUCGCAGCGGAAAUAAGAAGAUGUUUCAUGAUAUUUUACCAUUUCAAAAAUGAAAUCAGGUAUAUUUCAGAAUCACCCACCUUCAAGCAAGAACUUAGAUAA